AAGCACAGCCAGAAGCAGCUGGAGAUGCGGGGCAUGCCCCGGAAUCAUGCCCCGGAGUCAUGCCAGGAGAAGAAGGUCAGGAAGGCUCCGUAGAGCCUCAUAUUUUUGGCACAACAUACGCGCAAGUUUAAUUUACUCUGUAGAUAGACUCACUACCACAGAGAACAAGAACCGCAGCACUAGACAGACCAACGCACGUCCCCGAACCCGCUGAAAUCAUGGGACCGAGAACCAUCCGACUAGGCACGGCGUCGCCCGCAACUCAGGCCACCACAGCCCAGAUGCUGGUUCAGCUCGAGCGCAUCGCGCGGCGGGCUGCGUCCAAGAGCAUCGACAUCCUUCUGCUGCCGGAAGCCUACAUUGGGGGCUACCCUCGCGGUAGUUCUUUUGGCUGUGUCAUUGGCUCCCGCUCGCAGGAAGGCCGAGACGAAUAUCUGCGCUACUUCCAGAGUGCUGUUGACCUCGGGGAUACAGUCGGUGACGGAGCCGGUGCCGGGCAGGCCUGGGUGAACAGAGAGUUGCCGGGUGAUGCGGUGCCCGGGUCUCGGCCUGACGGCGAUCUCCCCAACAAGCGGGGCGACGGAACUCGUGAGGAGUUGGAGCGUAUCGCUCGCGAAACCCAGAUCUUCCUCGUAACCGGCCUGAUCGAGAAGGCCGGGGGGAGCAUAUACUGCUCCGUUGUCUACGUAUGCCCGAAAUUGGGCAUCAUCGGGAAGCGGAGGAAGGUCAUGCCUACUGGUACCGAGAGGCUGGUCUGGGCCCAGGGUUCGCCCGCCACGCUCCGCGCCGUCAGCACGACCAUCCGUGGGAUACGCGUGAACCUCGCGGCCGCCAUCUGCUGGGAGAACUACAUGCCCCUGGUGCGCCAAGCCCUCUACGCGCAGAAUGUCAACCUCUACCUGGCCCCGACCGCCGACGGCCGCGAUGCCUGGCUCUCCUUGCUCCGCACCACAGCCAUCGAAGGCCGCUGCUUCGUCGUCAGCUCCAACAUGUGCGUGAGAGACAGCGCUUCGACAAAUGGGGACACCACCGCCGCCUCCGUCCACCGUGCAGACGAAAUCAACGGCACAGCUCGAGACCUAUCCCCUCUCACUCGGCCGAACACGCAUCCCCACCACCUAUCAAGCGCGAUAGAAGAAGAAGACAACGAGAUCGCCUUCCCCGGCCCAACAGCAACCUCGCCCUCGACCUUCGGCCCGUCUCACGACGCCCACUCUCGGGAGAGCGACCCGCCCCGCCGGCGACGGUCCGUCUUCGACGAAGACGGCAACGAGAUCGUCCUGGCGUGCAAACCCCCAGUAUCUCCACUCGCCCACACCGCCGCCGCACCCCCAAAGCCGCGCGGCAGACGCCGGUCCGUCUUCGACGAGGACGGCAAUGAGAUCGUCCUCUGCGCGGGGGAUAGCAGCCCUGGCGACAAGGAGCGGGGGAGGAGGACGGGGCGGGCGGAAUUGCCUCCCAUCGCGACCGCGACCACUACCACCACCGCCACAGUUCCCAAGCCCACGACCGCGGCAGCAACGCAACAGGCGCCGAAAACCGGGUUCAUCUCCCGCGGCGGGUCUGCCAUCGUCUCGCCCUUUGGGGACGUCCUGGCCGGCCCGCAGUGGGAGGACGACGAGGGCAUCAUCUACGCCGACGUGGACUUUGACGACUGCAUCCGGGGCCGGCUGGAUCUGGACACGGCGGGGAGCUAUUCGCGGAACGACUCGUUCAGGAUGGAGGUGCGGGGGCUGGAUCUGACCGCCCUUCCUUAUCAUUAACGGAUCCAUUUUAAUCUCUGCUAGUAAAGUGUAAGUGAAGGUGAGAACGAACUCGGUUCAAGAAUGGAUUGAAGCCCAUAGUCCAUGUUAGUAAUCUUAACAAGGCACAAUUGGAAGUAGUAGGUAGGUAGUAAUAGGUUGGCUUCUGUCAAAGUGUUUGCGGCCGUAUAGCGGCAAUGGCUGAAGCAAAUCUUUUUUGUUCCUG